AUGGAGUUUGAUGGGGAAAUUGUUCAUUUUAAUAUCUUUGAUACUAUGAAAUACCCCUCAAACUCCAAUUUUAGCUCUGUUUUCUCUGUGAGUACUAUUGACCCUGCGGUGCAAGAAGUGUUUGAAACUGUUGGCAGGGAUGAGUUGGAGGUGGCUCUGACCAAGCACCUCGAGUUGGAGACAAUGCCUAAGGUGGAGUGGAGUGAAGAUCUAAAAUGCACAAUAGGUGCAUUACAAUCAUUGCCGAUCACCACAAAAAGGUAUGAACUCUCACCUAUUUUUAUUCCCGAAUCCCACCAGAGAAUAUUGCCAUCUGUGGUGCAUGCACCUGUAUUGGAGUUGAAACCCCUACCAGAGCACUUGAAGUAUGCGUAUCUGGGCGACAACGAGACACUCCCGGUGAUUAUCUCAUCGGCACUAUCAAAAAUCCAGGAGGAAAAACUAAUUCGGGUUCUCAGAGAGUAUAAAGAGGCGAUAGGGUGGACCAUUGCCGACAUUAAGGGAAUCAGUCCCUCCAUCUGUAUGUAUCGAAUAAGGCUGGAGGAGGAUGCCAAACCUGUAGUUCCAAAAAAGGCAGGAGUGACGGCAGAGACCAACCAAACUGGUGAGCUAGUGCUAGUGCGCAAACCCACUGAUUGGAGACAGUGUAUAGACUACCGCAGGCUGAACGCCGUUACCAAAAAUGAUCAUUUUUCUCUCUCUUUCAUUGAUCAAAUGGUUGAACGCUUGGCUUGUAGGGCUUAUUACUGUUUUCUGGAUGAAUUUUCAGGAUAUUUUCAGAUAGCAAUUGCGCCCAAGGAUCAAGAAAAGAUGACCUUCACUUGCCCGUUCGGGACAUUUGCUUAUAGACGAAUGCCCUUCGGGUUGUGCAAUGCACCUGCAACUUUCCAAAGAUGUAUGGGCAUCGAGAUUGACAGGGCAAAAAUAGAUAUUAUAUCUGCUUUACCUUACCCCGCGAGUGUGCAGGAGCUUUUACAAAAAGAUAUGGCCUUCGACUUUGAUGACGAGUGUGAGAGAGCCUUCGACAAGUUGAAGGAGUUGUUGACCUCACCCCCAAUCAUCCAACCCCCUGACUGGAGUUUACCAUUUGAGAUCAUGUGCGAUGCCAGUGAUCAUGCUGUAGGGGCUGUGUUGGGGCAAAAAAUGGGAAAGGCAGCUCACGUCAUCUACUAUGCGUCCCAAGCAUUGAAUGGAGCUUAA